AUGGAUCCUAAGCAGGAUUUCCUACCGAAUGUGAAGCGGCUUCACACAACCUCUCGAAAUGCUUGGCUAUGCAUUGUCGUCCUUACAACAUUCUCUCUAGCCUUAGCUUUCUGGCAUCAGGACUUGCACCAUGUCCUUCCACACUGGUCUGAAGAGAAAGAUGCCAGUGUCGAAUCUGCUGCUUUGGUCAGGAGUUAUCACCUACAAACAGGUGUACGUUGGAUGAACCCAGAUGGUGGUCGGUGGCGAGUCAUGUUUACCUGCAACGGCCAGUCCCCUUGCCCUACGCUAUAUGCUGAGGAAGGGGAUAUCAUCGAGUUGAGUGUGAAAAGCGACAUAUAUGCUCAAUCAUCUAUCCAUCUGUCUGGUAUUGGGCACAAACAGACUAUUGGGCCAUGGAACGAUGGAACCGCGGGUCUUUCUCAAUUCCCGACCCUUCCGAGAAGCAAUUGGACUACCGCCUACGACACAUCGGGCGGAUGGGGACUGAACUGGUUCAUUGACCACACUACCACAGCAUCAGCCGAUGGUAUUGCCGGAGCGAUCUACGUAGCACCUUCACCAGAUCGUCCUCGGCCAUAUCACCUCGUCACGAACAACAGCGUAGACCUUCGCCAAAUUCGCGAGGCUGAGCGCAACAUUCGCCAUGUCAUAGUCCAGAAUCACCAACACCGUGAUACAGUCUGGAAGUUACUCCGCAUGAGAGCUGAAGGGUCAGAGUAUUACUGUUAUGACUCUAUUUUAGUCAAUGGAAAGGGUCGCGUACACUGCCGUCAACCUGGAUAUAGUCACAUCAAUGGCCAUGUACUGGAUCAGAAGGGGUGCAUCCAGCCUCCUGGAUUGCCUGAUGAGACUUGUACACCCAGCGAAGCUGACUAUGAGGUCAUUGAAACCCAUGGCCAGAAAUACAUGAUGUUGAAUCUCAUCAACUUAGGCUUUGAACAUUCUGUCAAAGUCUCUAUCGACCACCACAAGAUGACGUUGGUGGCCAACAAUGGCGGCUUUGUCUUCCCAGAAACGUCAGAUGUUGUGUACAUACCGGAUCCCAGUCGUGUGACUGUCUUGGUACAUCUGGAUGCUGAGCCGGAUGAUUAUGCCAUCCGGAUAUCUUCAACUAGCGAACUGCAGAAUCUUCAUGGCUACGCGAUUUUGAGAUAUCGGGCGAAGCGUCCUCCCCAAUAUGGCGAGCCAAUGGCACUACCAACAACCACACCAGAGACAACUUGUCUCUUUCCAGAUGGCAACACACAUCCAGACUGCAGUACCACUGACGCACAGUUUGUUCCUCCAUAUCCCGCAAAUCCGCCAGCAUCAGUCAGCAAGCAUCGGCCAGCACAGGCCGACUUUACUUUCAGAUUAGCAGCAGACUCCCAGCCGUCAAAAACUGAGCGUGUACCAGAGUAUUUCCUAAAUGGCAAACCAUGGCAACUCUUCCACGGUUCUAUGAUGCCUCUUCUUUUCCACGCCGUGAACGAAACAUUGGAUAAACCUGUUAUCAGUAACCUUCCUCUAGGCUCAGUGGUAGAUCUCGUAAUCGAGAACCGUAUCAACGAGACGAUAUCGUUCUACAAGCACGGUGAACCUUCAUGGCUUCUUGGCUCUAGCGCGAACCAGAAGUUCCCGGGGAAGACUGUGGAAGACGCGAUACAGAGACCUGGCGUGUCGGAGAGGUUUCUAAAUUUGCACAAUCCUGGGCUUGUGAUUGUUCAUGAUUUACCUGCGCUGGGAUGGAGUGUUUUGAGAUUCAAGGUGACGUCCCAAACAGCGACGAUGCUGCACGCUGCGAAGCUGAGAUACUUUGCUUUGGGUAUGACAGUGCCUAUCCUGGAGGGAAUUACAGUGGACACUCCACUGGAAGUUCCCGAGUCAGUCGUUGAAAGGCCUCAUGUCGACUUUAAACCCGCCCACGACGGUAUUUUUGGAUGA